AGUCUUGUGAUUGGCUAUUUUUCCUGUCAAUAAAACAUUUUUGAGGGCACGUAACAUGGCUGCUCCGCCUACUUUUACGUGCACUUUAAAGAACAGUGCCAACGCGUACUCUUCAACUUCAGGGUGUACUCAAGCAGAAAUCACUGCAGGCUUGGGAGAAUAUGCAGCUGCUCUUGUUGGGGACUCUUGCCCUGUUUGCCGGGGUCACAGUUGCUGUGCCUGCGCAGGAGAAGCGUGUACAUCAUAAGCCUGACCUCAGUGAUCAUGCUCACGAUGAUGCCCAUGGUUUUCAGUAUGACCACGAGGCCUUCCUGGGCAAAGAGGAAGCCAAGACCUUUGACCAGCUGAGCCCGGAGGAGAGCAAAGAGAGACUAGGAAAGAUUGUGGAUAAGAUUGACACAGAUAAGGAUGGUUUUGUCAGUCAUGCUGAGCUACACCACUGGAUCAAGCACAGGCAGAGGAGGUACAUUGAAGAGAACGUGGACAAGCACUGGAAAGAGUACGACCAGAACAAGGAUGGGAAGAUUGGAUGGACUGAGUAUAAGAACACCACCUACGGAUAUUAUAUGGAUGUAGAGUUUGAUGAUAUAGAUGAUAAGGCCAGUUACAAAGCCAUGCUCACUAGAGAUGAGAGACGGUUCAAUUCCGCAGACCGGGAUGGGGACGGUAUCGCUACAAGAGAAGAGUUCACUGCCUUCCUCCAUCCAGAGGAGUUUGACUACAUGAGACACAUUGUGAUACAGGAAACAAUUGAAGACAUUGACAAGAAUGGUGAUGGCAAGAUUGAUCUGCAGGAAUACAUUGGGGACAUGUUCACCCCUGAAAAUGGAGAGAAUGAACCAGACUGGGUCACAAAAGAAAAGAAACACUUCUCAGAGUUCAGAGACAUGAAUAAGGACGGUUUCCUUGAUGCCAAUGAAGUAUCUCAUUGGAUCCUCCCUGGAGAGGUGGAUCAUGCUGAUAACGAGGCCCGGCAUCUCAUUCACGAAACUGAUAAAGACAACGAUGACAAAAUCACAAAGAAGGAGAUUCUGGAAAAUUGGAACAUGUUUGUUGGGAGCCAGGCGACCAAUUACGGAGAGGAUCUCACUAAAAGACACGAUGAGCUUUAAUGCUAGCAUGUCUGGGUAGAGGGGAAGGGCAGUAUAUUUUGGGUGUUGGUGAGAAGAUAGGAAACUGAAUAUGAAAAUGAUAGCUAAUCUUCAUUGGCUGUUGGGUAGGAACAUUUCCAGGGUCAAAGGUCAGGGGUUAGGCUUCAAGCUUCUGAGGCCCUGUCCCAAAUGGCACACUUCAUAGCACUUUCGGUCUUGUGGACUUACAAUGGCUGCCGUGUGCACGUCCGUUAAGUCUACAAGACCGUAGGAUGUCCCAUUUGUCAAUUUUAAGUCUCAGAAGGGUGCUUGCGAGCGCCCCUUUUUGCGGUCGGUAUGUGCCCUCGAUGUGCACUUUUGCAGAGCCCGCACUUGUGCGAGCUCCGUGGCAGAGAAUUUCUUACCGACAGUCAUUCCAUUAUGACGGCAUUACGUCACAAAAGUGCGGACUCGUAGGAAGACCGUGAGUGUUUAGGGUGCCAUUUGGGACAGGGCCUAUGUCAAUGAAGAUAAGAAUCUUACUGAGACAGAUAAAUGUUUUAUUUAUUGUCAAACACAUUACAUUUUUGCAACAAAAUUAUGAUGAACACUUACAUUCACAGACACUCCAGCUUGCUUAUAUUGUGAGGAAAUAGACAUACAUCUUCCACUUGAGAGAUGCUCAGGAAUUCAGCACUGAAUACAGGGCCAGUUUCAGUAUUCAAUGUAACAGGCCUGUUUUGACUGUUACAAAGUACAUUUCACAUUAGCAGUGUGUGAUUUCACAUUCAGCAUACCACUCACAUGAAAAUGGGUAUAAAGAAAUGAAGCCAGAGCAAAAAGGGAGGGAAGGAGAGGCGGGACUCAGUAGGUGGGAGGAGACAAAAGUGAUUGACACUGUAUUGGUGGAACAUUUUUCUCUCUGUGAAUUCUAAAUAAAGCCAUGUUGGUUUUUUUUAAAUAAUUUUGGACUGGGGUUUAAUUUGUGUUCUCACAAAGAAUGCAUUGCAUUCUGAUAGGUGAUGUAGCUGUUACUCACAAAACCUUAUGAAAUAAUUUUUAAUAGUCACCCUCUGUUUCCAAACUAAAUCUUUCCCUUCUGCAUUUUCCAAAUUGUGUCUGUUUCCUUGCUUUCAUUCUCAGGAUGGUCGUCUCUCUAUCAGUGAGAUAAUGGAUAGAAUGGAUUUCAUUAAAGUCAGCACGAUAACUGACUUUGGGACGCUGGUAGAUCACGAUGAACUUUAACCCUGUUAUGACCACAAAAAGCCUUAAUGUCUCUUUAAACUAUUAAAAUAAGACAAAUGUGACUUUUAAAGUGUGUAAAAUGAAUUGUUUAUUUUUUUAAAAAUGCUGUAUAUUGUGUAAACAUAACAUGAUAGUAUCUUCAGGGGCAAAAAGAAACAUAACUUCAACAUUCACUCAAAUUACACCCCCCCCCCC